AAUAUCUAAAAGUAUUCGAGAUGAUGGUAAUUUAGUAAUCGCUCAAAUAUUCUUACGCAGACCGAGGUUGACACAUAAACAUUAUGUACAAUUAAUAAUAGCGAGUAGAGCGUGUGGGCUGACAGAUAGAAGGCAUCCUGUUUGAUAAGAAGCAUCAAGGCAUAUAGAUAACAGUUAACAAAAUCCAGUUUCCUUCGGGCCAGCGUGCUGUUACUGGCCUCAAGUAGCGUGCUCUGUUUCAAAAUCAUAAUUGAAAUAGUGAUACAACAUGACGCUUGUUCUCUUAUUUCUGGUGGUUUGGUUUUUGGAUCAGUGUAAAGGACAAAUUAUCAGUAUCGGUGAUAUGUGGGAGAUGAAUUGCCCGAAAGAAUGUACUUGCGAGAUUCAAAAGUUUUCUGAUCUGCCUCUACAUCAAUGGACUGAUACUUAUAGAGAUAAGGAUCAGGAUACGUCCUUCGAUCAUGACGACUUUAACAUAAAUGAUGACCAUCUCAUGGCUCAUGAGUUGCUAAAAGUUGCCACGUGUGUAAUUGUCGAAAAUCCUGAAGAACUUUUGGAUAGGCUUCCUUUGGAUAUACAGGUUCUUACGUUACUCGAAUCCGGUAACGGAGAUAUUGAUAUUCCUCUGAGAGUUACAACGUUUCAACACUUCACGGAAUUAAUAUCGUUGGAUAUUCAAGGAAUAGAUUAUAGUGAUCCAUCAAUAAAAGAGGCGAACAAUUAUACAAAGAAAGAAGGCGGGAUUCGUCUGUUGCCCGAUACCAUGUUCCCUCUUGGGUUGACUUUGCUUUAUUUGAAUUUAGAACGCGUUAAAUUGACGAGUUUGGAUAUGUCCAAUAAAAAUAAGGCGAAUUUAGUGAUCAAGCCGGUGAAUUCGCAUAAAAUCGAGACGGUUAAUGACGAUCGAGCACCCGCAAGCAAUAUCAGCCAACACAAAGGGCACAGGCUCAUAUUUCUAAGUCAGCAAAAUAGCAGCGAGAAUGAUGACAAAGAAAUAUUGCCCUAUGAUCUCUACAAGCAAGAAUUGGAAGGCUACAGAGAAAAUGUCGAACUGUUUGCCGCGCUGGGCAUACUGACACACUUGAGAGUGUAUGAUUGCGCUCUCGAAGAUAUAUCAUGGCAAUUAUUCGACGGUCUCAAUAGCUUGCUUUAUCUGUCGUUGGAGAAAAACAAUCUGAAAUUCAUUCCGGAAUUCUGUUUUUACGGCACGCCGAAUCUGAGAUCACUGUCACUGGCGGGUAACGAAUUACUAACAUUGAAGAGUGUCGAUUUAGCAGGAUUACUGAUGCUGGAGCAUCUGGACCUGAGGCAAAAUAAUUUAACUUUUCUGUCGGAGUUGUCGUUUCCACCGUUCCCGGCACUUUUAACUGCCGAUUUUACAGAUAACCCUAUAGAUUCCGUUUUCCCAAGUACUUUCGAGAUUAUGAACACGACGAUAAAAUUGUACCUCGGAGGCAUAGUGUCGAGACUGAAGCUGCAAAAGAACUCGUUAUUAGGUCUACGUCGAGCUGAAAUAUUGCAUUUGUAUAAUUUAGAAAUACUCGUUCUGGAACGCUUUAUCUUGAAUGGCUUGCCAGCGCUAACGCAUCUCAAGAUGCGAGGAAGCGUCACAAGUAUCGAUUUCGACGCAUUUGUUGAUCUUACAAAUCUGUUGGAUCUAGAUUUGAGUCAAUGUUCUAUCCAAAGAAUUUCUAUGGAUGCGUUUUACGGUUUAGAGAAAGUCAGAAGAAUCAACUUGUCGGAUAACAAUCUGAAGUUUAUACCACCAGGUUUAUUUGCUGUACAACAACAGAAGGAACUGCGGGAGAUUAUACUCACGAAAAACAAAUUGACAUCAUUACCUUUCGAUUUCUUUAGAAACCUGAGGCUACCGAAUAAACAAAUGCAAGUGCAAAACAUAAGAUUGGACGGCAAUCCUUGGGAUUGCACGUGUAUGAUGGUCAAUUGGAAUCCACAAUUGGUCAACAGAAAUAAGGAAACGGCCCCUCGAUGUUUAACGCCAAAACGAUUGGAAAAUUGGGGAGUUUUUUAUGCAUUACGUAAGGGUGGUUUACAAUGUGGAAAUUUGAAGAAGCGAUACUUUCGAAAGUCUCUGAAAACAAGAAAUUCUGAAGAGGAUAACAAUAUCAGUUAGCUAAUUUUCCUUCAAAUUGCACAUAUAUGUCAACAAACACAUAGAAUCGAGAAAUAUAUUGAAAAUUUUUAUAGAA